AUGGGCGUUAGAUCCUGCCGCACGCCCUCCUCGUCAUUGGACCUGAACCUACGACACGCACGCUCUCCACGCGAUUCUAACACCACCAGGCGGCAUGCGCUUGUCUACGCUGGCCAUCGAUCCUGUCACAAGCGCUCUACGCUUGUCUACGCAGAACCAGCCUCAAACAUCCAGGCUGUGGGCACCAGCUCUAUGCCAGCCGACUACGGGGUGCAUCUUCAUUCUCCGCCGACUGCGGGGGGCAUCUUCAGGCUCUGCCGUCUACGAAACCAGCGAUUGAGUGCUUCUCUAAGCACCUGGAUGUGUGGCGUGUAUCUCGAGACUCCACUAAAUCCUGUCACGAUGGAUGCUUCUAUUGAGCUCCUGCGACUGUCAUCUUCGAGGACUGGCGACGGGGCGGGGGUGCAUCCUCGGGUGUCUGCAACCGUAGGGACUUCACGAGACUACAGCGCGUUCGGAGCUCUGCUGAAAAUAAGGGGUUAG